AUGGAGACUGAAUUGGCCGAAGAAAAUUCUAAGGUAGAGAUUGCUAAAGCUGCUCUACAUAGGUUUGAAGAAGAGAAUUUCGCUCUUAGGCAGGAGAUGGUUGCUGCUGAAGCCCAAUUAGCUGGGACAUCAGCUACUUUAGAGGAUGUAUUUAGAAGGCAAAAGGAAAAUCUGUUGAAGAUUAAGUCACUGGAGAGACAUGAGUCGAUACCUGCAGAGGCCAGGUUAAAUUAUCAUGUGAAAGAAAAGAGUAAGAUCUUGCUGGAAGUCACCCGUCUUAGGGAUGAGAGAGAAGGCAUUGAAGCUGGAGGAAAUGUGGAGAUGGCCCAGAUGAAUUUAAAGGCAGAUAAGGAGAUAAACGACAAGGAGGAGGAAAUCGAAGAACUAAAGAAGCAGAUUUCGGCACGUAGGCUGCAAAUAUAUUUUUCAAAGACUGCUGAACUUCAAAGAGAGGCAUAUGCUACCUUGUUGCCACGGGAAAGAGAGUGCAUAAUGUGUCUCUCAAAGGAAACAUAUAUUGUUUUCCUACCCUAUGCGCACCAGGUGUUGGGAAUCCCUUGGGAUGUGGAUACGGAAGGGUUGAGGGAAUAUAUGAGCAAAUUUGGGGAUUUGGAGGAUUGUAUUGUUAUGAAGGAAAGGUCUACUGGACGAUCCCGUGGGUUUGGAUAUGUGACUUUUGCAGCCGCUGAGGAUGCAAAGUCUGUGCUUAAAACAGACCAUAUGCUUGGCAAUAGAAUGCUGGAAGUGAAAAUUGCCACUCCAAAGGAGGAAAUGAGAUCAUCGUCUCGGAAAGUGACCAGGAUUUUCGUUGCAAGAAUUCCACCAUCUGUUUCGGAAGCAGCAUUCAGAAGUUAUUUUGAGCAAUAUGGUGAGAUAACCGAUCUUUACAUGCCCAAGGAUCCAAGUACUAAAUCACAUCGUGGAAUUGGGUUUGUCACCUUUGCGGAUGCUGGAUCUGUGGAUGACCUCAUGGCCGAGACCCACGAAUUGGGGGGCUCUACGAUUGUUGUUGAUCGAGCCACUCCCAAGGAGGAUGAAUUCAGGCCGGUAAGCCGAAUGCCGCCGCCGCCUCCGAGUGGUGGAUAUGGGGCAUAUAGUGCUUACAUUAGUGCUGCAACCAGAUACGCUGCGCUAGGGGCUCCCACUUUGUAUGACCAUCCAGGCUCCAUGUAUGGAAGAGGUGGCCCAGGUGCCCCCCCUCAUCGUAUGGGCAAAAAGAUCUUUGUUGGGCGGCUUCCUCAAGAGGCCAGUGCCGAAGACCUCCGUCAAUAUUUUGGUAGAUUUGGACGCAUUCUUGAUGUUUAUGUUCCAAAGGAUCCAAAGAGGAGUGGUCAUAGGGGGUUUGGUUUUGUCACAUUUGCUGAAGAUGGUGUUGCAGAUCGUGUGUCAAGAAGACCCCACGAGAUUUUCGGACAACAGGUAGCAAUCGAUUCAGCCACUCCAGUUGACGAUGCCGGUCCAAGUAAUAGUUUCAUAAUGGACCAUCAUGAACCAUAUGCGGGCUAUGGUGGUCCUAUGCGUGCAUAUGGCAGGAUGUAUGGCAGUAUGGAUUAUGAUGAUUGGGGCUAUGGAAUGGGAUCUGGAAGGCCAUCAAGAGCUGAUUUUAGGUACAGGCCUUAUUAG